GGGACUGCCUUGACUAGGUUCUGUUCGCGCUGAAUGGGCCGCGGCGGCCGCGUGACGUGGCAGGGCCGGAGCCUGAGAGCCAGAGCUGGCGCUUCUACCCCGGUAUCCUGGCCAGUUUCGCCCCACGGAGGCCUUUCCUGGAGCUCAUCCUACACGCCGGCCAGCGAGCAGUCCCUGCUACCCUUCUUCAUAAGUUCUUCCUCUUUCCUCUGGCUCAGUUUCCCCGAGCGGGAAAGGAGACUCGGGAACGCCCCAAACCCUUUCUACUUCUGCCCAUCGCAGGUGCCACUCCCGUCAUGGGCCUGACCAUCUCCUCCCUCGUUCCCCGCCGCGUCGGCAAGAAGCAGAUGCGCAUUUUGAUGGUUGGAUUGGAUGCUGCUGGCAAGACGACCAUUCUGUAUAAACUGAAGUUAGGAGAGAUCAUUAACACCAUUCCUACCAUUGGUUUUAAUGUGGAAACUGUAGAAUAUAAGAACAUUUGCUUCACAGUAUGGGAUGUUGGUGGUCAAGAUAGAAUAAGGCGACUCUGGAGGCAUUACUUCCAAAAUACCCAGGGUCUUAUUUUUGUUGUAGAUAGCAAUGAUCGUGAAAGAAUUCAAGAAGCAGCAAAAGAGCUGCAUGAAAUGCUUCAGGAAGAUGAGUUGCGAGAUGCAGUGCUGCUGCUUUUUGCUAACAAACAGGAUUUGCCGAAUGCUAUGACCAUCAGCGAAAUGACAGAUAAAUUGGGUCUUCAGUCUCUUUGCAACAGAACUUGGUAUGUACAAGCCACUUGUGCUACACAAGGAACUGGUCUGUAUGAGGGGCUUGACUGGCUGUCAAAUGAGCUUACAAAACGUUAAGUGAAACUGGACAUCUAACCAAGGACAUGUGGGAUAAAAUUGGUCUAGCCUUCUUAAGGACAUGGUUAGUUUCCAUCUUGGUAAUUAAGCAGUUUCUGGGACUGGUUUGGGCAGAAUAUUCUACUGUUGGAAUUUACAUUGUUGCCAAUUAUUGUUUACAAGGUGUAGUGUUGCUACAUAGCAACAUGCUUGAUUUAAACAAAUUCUUGGGGGAAAAAGUGUCCUCUUCAUUUCACUUCCUGUCAGCCUCCCUGUCUGGACAUAGCUAUUGUGACACUUUUAAAUAAAUGCCUUUUGAAUAUUUUUUGAGACCACAA